AACUAGGUUAUGAAACAUGAUUAAAUUAAAAUGAGUGUCAUUAGAACAGUGACAAAAAGAUUUCGCCCAAUUUUUAUAAACUUACAAUCCUGUAAUGUGAGCACUGGAACGUUUGAAGAUGAUUUUCAUAAAAAUCAUGUGGAAAUCAAUACAUUUCAAAGAAGUAUUUUAACUGUUGGAUCAGCUGCCCUUUCAAUUUUAGACCCUUACAGAGGAGACAUGAUUGCAUGCCUGAGUGAGACCACAGGAUUUAAUGCAUUAAAGGGAAUGCAUCAAAAAAUGCUAGACUCUACGGAAGGUUAUGAGAUUUUGAAAACCAGGCCUAGAAUAAACACAAAAACAAUUGAUUUGGAAUAUUUAAAAAAAUUACCAGAAGGCACAUUAGGAAAGACGUACAGCGAAUUUCUUGUUAAAAACAACGUUACUCCUGACUCAAGAAUGACAGUGGAAUUUAUUGAUGACAUUGAAUUGGCUUAUGUUAUACAAAGAUACAGAGAGGCUCAUGAUAUUUUCCACACAGUGUUAGGAAUGCCUACACAUAUGUUGGGUGAAGUUACAGUUAAAUGGGUGGAAGCAAUACAAACCAAACUGCCUAUGUGCAUAAGUGGUGCAAUAUUCGGACCAAUAAGACUGAAACCAAAACAUAGAAAACUGUAUAUUGAUCAUUAUUUACCUUGGGCAAUAGAAACUGGAAAAAAUAUGAAUUUCCUGUUGAACAUUUAUUUUGAAAAGAGGUGGGAGCAACCAAUGAGUGAAUUGUGUAGUGAAAUUAAUCUUAUUCCAUUUGAUAGCAGUACUUUAAAAUAAAAUAUAGUUGUUGUUAUGUUUAAAUUUUAAAUACAUGUUACAAUAAUUAA